UUCACGAGACAGAUAUUUGGUGUUUGGGUUUAAUCACCUGUCGCUGACAGAUGAAGACAGACAUCUAGGGGAACAACAAUCAGACAUGGAAGAGGGCCAGCAGAACAUCGAGGGGCUCAUUCAGGAGCUCAGGGAGGUCGUCAAGCUCAAGGACACAGCCAGCGAGCAGCAGAAUGGAGACAUCGUGAGGAUUCUGGACUCUUUGGUUGAUGCCAGCAAGAAUUCCAUUGAUAAUGAUUUCGAGUUUGAGAUCGACGAAAUGUUCCUGAAGCUCCUCACCCACGAGUCCAAGACCAUAGUAGCCAAGAGUGCAAAAGCAAUAGCAGAAAUUGCGAAGACUGAGAGUGGAAGACUCAAAUGCACCAAUGGAGAUUUAGCCAGGACUCUGAUGGAUUUACUGAAAGGGGAUGACGUCAAUGUUCUCACGCAGACAUCCAGGGCUCUCGGAAACAUAUGCUACGAGAAUGAACAAGGAAAGAAGCUGGUGCAGGAGAACGACGGUCUGAGGUACAUCCUAUCAGUUCUCCAACGUGGAGUGAGGCUCGAGGACGAGGAGAGGGCUGGAUUGCUGAGGAAUGUGGCUGCUGGCUUUCUCUUGAACUACCUGGACGACCAGGAGUCCAUCCACAAGAAGGUUCUGGAGGAUGAGCUAGUCCCAAUAGUCUGUGAUGUCCUGGAGGUCGAUGGCAAGACAGGGGGAGAGGCUGCGAUGCACGCCCUGUUGGCGUUGGAGAUAUUGAACGACUCGGGGGUUCAAUUCUUGGACGAGAGACUGACGAAGGUGCUGGUGGAGAUACUCGCUGGGGAUUCCUCUUCGGAAUUGUCGCAGAUGUGCCUGGAAUUGCUUCACGGACAGGCGGAGAGUGAAAACGCCAAGAUGCUACUAGCAAAGUCAGAUGUCUGUCAACUUCUCCUGAACGUUCUCGAGAAACACGUCUCGAGAUGCGUCGACGAGGAGACCCGCGGGGUCUUGAAGACCGCCUGCAACUUGAUCGUCCUGAUAAUCACCGGAGACGAGAGUAUGAAUUAUCUCUACGAUAAUAGCAAGGGCGAUGUCUACAAGAAGCUAGUCUCAUGGCUGGAGGACAAUUGCGAUGAGGACCUCCAGGUGGCUGCUGUCCUGGCCAUGGGCAACUUCGCCAGGACUGACGCUCACUGCGAGCUAAUGGUGGCCCAGGGUGUGCACAAACGACUGAUGGAGCUGCUGAAGAAGAACAGCAGCAGUGAUGGGGACAUCAGGUUUCAACAUGCUUUGCUCUCUGCGGUUAGAAAUCUAGUCAUUCCGAAUAAUAAUAAACCAGUCAUGCUGAGGGAUGGACUCAUUGAUGUUGUCUAUCCCAUGCUGGAGAUUCCUACGUUUCCUGUGGUGUUCAAAUUGCUGGGGACGUUGAGGAUAGUCAUCGAUGGACAAGAGGAAGCUGCCACCCUCCUAGGGAAGAAAGAAGACCUGAUAAAGAAAGCCAUCGAGUGGUGCAGUACUGAGGACGCACCAGGAGUCCAGGGAGAAGCGAAUCGCCUCAUCGCUUGGCUAGUAACUAACAGCAGAAACAAGGACGUUGUUUCGUUGAUAAUAAAACAUGGAGCCAUCGAGUACCUCUCAAAGAUGGUCAUCGCCCCCCACGCCCUCAUGCAGAACGAAGCCCUUUUGAGUCUGACCAUCAUGACUGCAAUGGCCCUCGAUGAAUGCCAAUCAGAAUUAAUUCAAUUUGGAAUCGAAGACAUCAUCAUCAAAUUUUUUAAUGAAAGUGCUGCCCAUUUGCAGCCACCAAUAGUCGAAAAUGCUAUUACGUUCAUGAAUACUAUGGCAAAGUCAGAUGCACUAAAGGACCACAUGAAGAAUUCAAAGUUGCCUGAAGCCCUAGAAGAAUUUCUAAAUUCAGAAAUAAACAUGCCAACUCAAAAAACCAAAGUGAAACUCCUACUCGACACUCUGAGUGUCUAAAAUCAUUGUUUUCACCCCACAAUCGCACACUAAAAAUCGAAGACUACUCGCUGCCACAAAACAUGUCAAUCCAUUCCUACGAAGUAUAAAAACUGAUCUCAGUGAGGUAAAUUAUUACAGGGAAAAUCGAGGAGACUAUGUAUGAAGCUAAAUUGUGCCAAUUCCAAAUGCGAAAUCAAAAUCCAACUAUUUUUAUUACGAAGAGAAAAACAAUUGUGGAUUUAAGUUACUGUAAGUGAAAUAAAUACUGUAUUUUAUCGUUUAUAUAUACAGCCUAUUGUGGAGUGUAUUUUAUUUAAGAAAUAAAGAAUAUUUUAUUGAUGUAU